AUGGGUGAAAUCGGUAUGAAUACUCGUUACCUGAGCAGCAACCGAGGUCUUAUCAAAAUUAUGCAAAUUAUCCUCGGUUUUGUCAUCUGCUCACUCCUCUGUGCUUCCUGGCAUGGUGGUCGUUCUUGUUUCGGCGAGGGUCGUCUUGGAUAUUGCUCCGCGCUGAACUUCAUCGUCCUCAUUAUCAACAUCAUCUUUUUCAUCGUCAAUUUCCUCAACAUAGUCGCCUGGAAAUUGGAGCGAGUGUAUUCGGUUGUUUGCACGGUUCUCUUCCUGGUUGCGUCGAUUCUGAUCAUAUGGUUUAUCAUUGAAAUGAACACCAGCCGAACAUCCCUGAUCAUCACUGCUGUAAGUGUGCUAACAUUGUUCAGGACUAAAUUUGUGGCCUCAGUGUGA